UUUUCCCAGUGGCGCUCCCAACUCCAGAAGCAUGUUCUCCACGGUGGUUCGUUAUCAGAGGACGUCUAAUUGGAAAGACGAGAUCUGCAAUUAAUUUCGAUGCAACCACCGUCCCAACUGUCCAAUAUGGACUGGGGUAACUGGGGAAAGUAUCCCAAAAAUUUCGAUCCGUCUAUCCACGGCCGCUUCGACCCUGCCAAGUACUACGGAAAAGCCGAUGUUCCUUUCGGUGAAGUAAAACUCGGGGAACUUGGGUCAUGGUUCGCUCGUCGUGAAAAGGGACCCAUUCGUCUGGCUCAAAUGAUUGGCAGAGCGUACUGGCGUUGGCAACAUAAAUAUGUCCUUCCCAAGAAGUGUGGAGUUGCUCCAUUUUUCCAAAUGACAGUAACUGCCAUGAUAUUCUUCUAUGUCAUCAAUUAUCCCAAACUCAGAUGGCACGCAAACUACAAAUACCACUAAAUAAUGAACUCACGUCAAGAACGAAAUUUUUAAAAACGUAGCGUUCGAUGUUGGCGAGUUAAACUAGUUGUUCAACUCCGGUACACCAGUUUCUUUCAAUGAAUUCGUCGUGUAAUGAUAAUGAAUAAUAAAAACAUCGCAUUAAAAUUGUCA